AUGUCGGAGCCCGUGUUGAAAAAGGCCUUCCCUCACGUCGACCUGGACGGGCACAAUUUGCCCCCUUCGCCGGCCCCGUCGAGCCCUCACCAGGGCCGUCGGUAUAACAUUGCAACGGAGCUGGUGUUUACCGAUUCCAAUGAUCAGUAUAACUCGAGCAGUGUCCCGAUCUACCAGAGCGCCACGUUCAAGCAGACGUCUGGCAGCGGCGGCGGUGAAUAUGACUAUACGCGGUCCGGCAACCCCACGCGGACGCACCUGGAACGACACCUGGCGAAGAUCAUGUCGGCACAGCGGGCGCUGGUGGUGUCGUCUGGAAUGGCGGCGCUGGACGUGAUCACGCGGCUGCUGCGGCCCGGGGACGAGGUGGUGACGGGCGACGAUCUGUACGGCGGGUCGCACCGGCUGCUCAAGUACCUGUCGACGAACGGGGGGAUAGUGGUGCACCACGUCGACACGACGGAGCCGGACAAGGUGGCACCCGUGCUGGGGGAGAAGACGGCGCUGGUGCUGCUGGAGACGCCGACGAACCCGCUGAUCAAGAUUGUCGACAUCCAGCGGAUCGCGGAGCUGGUGCACGCGGCGAACCCGCAGGCGCUGGUGGUUGUGGACAACACGAUGAUGUCCCCGCUGCUGUUGAACCCGUUGGAGCUGGGGGCGGACAUUGUGUACGAGAGUGGGACGAAAUACCUGUCGGGCCACCACGACCUGAUGGCGGGCGUGAUUGCCGUCAACGACCUGGCGCUCGGGGAGCGGCUGUACUUCCCGAUCAACGCGUCCGGGUGCGGACUGUCCCCCUUUGACUCGUGGCUGCUGCUGCGCGGGAUCAAGACGCUCAAGGUGCGGCUCGAGCAGCAGCAGAGCAACGCCCAGCGCAUCGCCGAGUUCCUCGAGACGAACGGCUUCCGCGUGCGCUACCCGGGCCUGCGCUCCCACCCGCAGUACGAGCUGCACCACUCCAUGGCGCGCGGCGCCGGCGCCGUCCUCUCCUUCGAGACGGGCGACACCGCCGUCAGCGAGCGCAUCGUCGAGAGCGCCAAGCUGUGGGCCAUCAGCGUCAGCUUCGGCUGCGUCAACAGUCUCAUCAGCAUGCCCUGCCGCAUGAGCCACGCCAGCAUCGACGCCGCCACCCGCGCCGAGCGCGCCAUGCCCGAGGAUCUCAUCCGCCUCUGUGUCGGCAUCGAAGAUGCCGACGAUCUCAUCGACGAUCUCCGACGAGCAACCCAAGAUACCCCCCUUCCGACCGUGAGUUCGAAAUGGAACACGGAUCGACUCGGUUUACGCCUCGGCGUCGACCUGGCCAGCGCGACCGCCGCGGGCGCGUUGACGUGCCCGAUCAUCACAAUCAUCGAUCGGGCAAUCAUUGAAAAAGCAGCCAAAGGCUUCCCCAUCCGCACAACCAUCACCUCCUGUCUACGCAGCAUGCUCGCCCGGCCGGCCGGUUUCUUCUGCAGCACCCCCUUCAUCCUCAUCUACACGCUCUACACGUCGACGUACCUGACGGCCAACGUCAUUGACACGCUGACGGCGACGGUGCGAGACAAGCCGUUUGCGACCGUGACGCCGAGCCUGGUCAAGUUCCUGGCCACCACGACGGUUAAUAUGGGGAUAUGUGUGUACAAGGAUGCCAGAUUUGCAAAGAUUUUCGGUGCGCCACCGUCAACACCGUCAACAACUGCUACCACCGCUGGAGUCGGUGCCACCGCUGCUACGACUACUGCAGCAGCAGCAGCAGCAGUGAAGAAGAUCCCGAAAAGCUCCUACACCCUCUUCUGUCUCCGCGACAGCGUCACCAUUUUCGCCUCGUUCAACGUCCCCUCCCUGAUCGCCCCCUCGAUCCCCGACUUCCUCGCUACAACCCCCUCGGCCAAGAUGGCGGUCGCCCAGUUCUCCUGUCCCGCCAUGAUGCAGUUCAUAAGCACGCCCAUGCACCUGCUCGGGCUGGAUCUGUAUAACCGGCAACCAGCCGGGGGGUUGGGCUGGCGCGAGCGAGCGGCCCGGAUACAACGCGAUUAUGUGCCCAGCAGCUUUGCACGUAUGGGGAAGAUCGUGCCUGCGUAUGGAGUCGGGGGGGUUGCCAACGUUCGGUUCCGCGAGGCGAUGAUGGGGUGGAUCAAUUCUUAG